AUGAAGGCACAGGAAAUAKCAUCCCUUCUCAUCUAUUUAUUCCAUAUAUGCCCUACAGUUUGGGGUUCUAGAGAGCAGAAAACAGUAACAGGACAUAUUUUUGGAGACAGCGUCCUCCCUUGCUUUUUCCCACGUGGCAACGAUGUAGUAAUUUACUGGAAGAAAAAGGACAAAAAUGUGCACAGCUACUACUAUCAGAGGGAUCAACUAGGAGUGCAAGACACGGGCUACAGAAACAGAACUCUGCUUUUUCACGGGGACAUUGGCAGUGGAAAUGCCUCCUUGAAGCUUAGGAACCUGACCUUUGCUGAUGAGGGCCUUUAUCAGUGCUACGUGGGAACGCAGGAAACUAAAACAGAGGAGGAUGUCAUGCUGCACGUAAAAGAUUCCCCGUACCGUGCACUGGAGUACCAAAAGACGGGCACAGAAAGGAGGCUGAGGUGCUUCGCCUUUCUUACUUACUCCAUGCCAAACAUAACUUGGACCCGAGGCAACGUCUCCAUCCCACAGGCGGGUGUGGAGGAAAGCCGGGUUGGAAUUCUCCGGACGGUUAGAAGUGACCAGGACAUCACAAACCCAUCUGUUCCCUACCGGUGUCACAUCGGCCUCCGGCGUGAGGAGUGGGCUGCCGAAUGGAAGAUGGAAGAGCAACUUUCCAGUGUGGAAGGAAAUAACACGGCAAUUCCUUGUGAGUGCAUCCAUUGCGCCUCUUCCCCCGCGGAGCAUGUCAGCGUUGUCUGGACAAUGAGCAGCAACGGGGGAAUUUCAGUGCUGGCCUCCUACAACGGCACCUCCCGCUCUUACCAGCCACGCGCCCGCAUUAACACAACCGACUUUGCGCUGAUGCUGAGUGAUCUUAGUGCAGGCGACAGCGGGGAGUAUCUCUGUAACAUUUCCACACCUCGCUACACAAAACUUGUAGUGAGGAGUUUGCACGUUGGUGAUGCAUAUCCCACCCGGAAUAUUGUGAGAAUUGCGGUGGCCUUAGAGUACGUGACUGUGAUAGGAGCCUGUAUUGUGGCUGUUUCUACUGUAAGAAAAAAAAAACAAAUGGCCUGAGCACUUUGAACUACCAAGAGGAAAACCCCAGCUGCUCCUGUGCUUACUGCUAARACCAAAACUCGAAGAACAAAGACUUCUUGGACCUGCUGGAUUGAGUUACAGCGGGAAGCAAGUGGGAAUGCAGCCA